AUGAGCAACGAACAGAAAUAUUCCAAAUCAGACACCAAUACCUCCGUUCCCUUGACCCGAAACAAGCCACAAAACCAACGUGUGAUUUGUAACCGAGGAUUCAUUUAUCAUGUCAGAGUUCCGCGUGAGGAUCCACAGGAAAAUGCGAUACAUUUUACAGCUUCUGAGUAUGAGAGGCUUCUGGCAAGAGUCAGGGGUCCGAGUUUCUUGGAGAAGGAGAAGGAGGCUUUUAGAAAGGCUUCUCAGAAAAGGAGAGAUGAUACUAAAGCUGCGGAAGAAAGGAGGCGUCAGAUCAUUGAGAGGGACCUUUUCGCUUUUAAGGUGGAGACACAGACUGACAUGCAGUCCAAAAAGCAAGGUUUUGAGCGGUAUCGACACCUGCGCUGCAAAGCUCAAAUGGAGAAGGACAAUCAGAUCCUAAGAAUGGAUAUCCGUAUUCAGAAGUGUAAGAUCCAAGCAGAGCUUGACACCCAGCUUCAAUGGAAAAAACAAUGCGAGGCUGUCGAGUACGCCAAAGAGAAGGCUGAGUUUGAGCGGGAGCUUAAUCAUCACCAAGAGAUGCUCAUCAAGCACGAGGAGAAGGAGAUAAAGCGCAAGGUGGAGGCACGCCGCCAUCUGGAUGUUCUAUCGGGACAGAUAAGGGAACGGGAGCAAAUUGCGAUUGCCAACCGUCGGGAGAGGAUCGCCAUAGCUCAGAGCCUUAACGAGGAUGAUCUGAUGAAAAUAAAAUGCCUCGAUGAGCUCAAGGAGGAGAGACUGACUGAGCUCAAAUCUAGCGGGAUCCCGGAUAAAUACUGCAAUUAUGUGAGGAGAAUAACCACACAAGAGGAAGCCAAGCGCUUGCAGUUUCAGUACCUCGCACAGUGA